UCUGUUGUUGCGUGAGCCGCCGCAGUCUUGCAGACUCUCCUGGAGUAAAGUUUGAAAUGGCACGAAACGAGGAGAAACAACAAGGGAAGCUGAACAGACUGUGGCUGCAGAAAGAGAGGGAAGAGGGACGCCUCAAGGAUGUACAUGAGCGGAGACCCAAGCUGUCUACUCUUAAUUCAGUCGCCUCUGUGAAAAAGUGGAUCCCCAGCAUCAAGAAUGAAAUAGAGUAUUAUCUGCAGCAGUCGCAGCUGUCUCAUUACCCGGAGAGGAAGAUAGCCGAGUUCCAGCAGCACAUCGAGGCCUUGGAAAGAGAGUACAAAAGAUUCAUCACCAAACUACGAGUUCUGGACCCCGCCUGCAAACAUAAGCCCUGGACUCCUCGAGCAUACUGCAAGAGGAGAGCAGACACACAGGGCUCUCCAAGUAUCGUGAAACACCCUCGGCCCUGUGACUCACAUGAUGGUAGCGGUCAGAGUGGAGGUGAGAGUGACUCGGCCAGCAGUUGGACAGGAUGUCACAAACCCUCAGCCCCUGAGAGAAAGUCCCCUCUCAGCCAUUCGCAGAGCAGGUUUCAAACCCUUGUCCCCACCAACCCAAACUCAGAAACCUCAGACCAGGACCAGCCCCUCUCCUUUGACCACACGAGGCUGGCGGUGGCCACUGCCGCGUUCAGAGGGCCGCCACUUCAGCGAGACUCCUCUCAAACACAGAGCCUAGCCCGGGUGCUGCAGUCCGGCCUGCCAAACCUGAGUAACGCCUCAGUGAGGCAGACGCUUUCAACCCAGAGCAGAGACGCACGGAACGUCAAAGACCGUAAGUCAGGCUGUGAAGCUGCAGAAAGGAAACCUGGGAAGUCGUCCAACACUGGGACAACGGAGGAGAGGACAGGUCAUGUCCUGGGACUAGACUGUUACUCUUCCUCCGAUGAGGACACGUGAUGUUUUUCUUUCAUCAAUAAAUUGAAUGAUUCCCGUUUUUAACACUUUGAUGCUCUGUAUUCAUUCAAAGGCAUCCUCAGUGGUGUCAUAUUAGACUAUUAGACAUGUGGAUCACAAUAUCUGGAAUACAGAACAGCUGAAUAUUGAAGCCCCGCUAACAAGACCUGCAUAAAGGAAAAGUGUAUGUGUGCAAGAAAAGACAUGAGUAAUGUCGUUCAUUUCAGGUUGACGGGUUCAUUGUAAUUUUCAGGCACUACUCCGUUUGUGCAAUCAGUCAUCGCGACCACAUCGAUCUCCAUUAUGCAACACAGAGGAGGGAGACUCCAUGAGAAACAGACGGUAAUUGAGUAGAGAUACUUGCUGAUUCAGUUAUUCAUUUUACUCUCGUCUGGCUGCAUGAACUGGAACAGCAGCACUGAACAUGACCUGGUUAGACCCCACAACGCCACCCUCCCACUUAACCCACCCUGUGCUGCCGCCGCUGCUACUGCGAGGACCGCAUGACACUUCUGGGAAACAGCCUCAUCAUCUUGUAGACUGCAGACACUGUGCAGUUUAUGGUUGAGUUUGACGUGGUUACCCUUUCAGUUGGAGCUCUGUGUGCACACUCACUGCAAGGUGGGUUUCCCUUCGUCUCUGCAGGGGCGCUUGAGAGAGAAAAUGAAACUUUUUGCAACAGUGGACAGAGCAGAGGUCUGAGAGCUUCUCUUGCAGGUGGCAAAAAACACACAAGUGGUGGGCCAGCUAAGCCUUCUCUGCUGGCCUAGACAGAAUCACACAGUUAUAGCU